UAGACGCUGCAGAGACCGUUGGCUCAUUUGCAUGUCCCCGCCUCGCGGCGGAGGCUGCGGCGGCGGGUGAGGACCCUGAGGCGGCUGCAGAGGGCUCGCUCAGCGCGCGGUGGGCUCGGGGUUGGAGAAGCAUGGCAGCAAGGCGGAUUGCGCAGGAGACACUUGAUGCUGUGUUGCAAGAAAAAGCUAAGCGAUACCAUAUUGACUCCAGUGCUGAGGCUGUAGGUGAAACUCUUCAGUUUAAAGCUCAAGAUCUCCUGAGGGCUGUCCCACGACCCAGAGCAGAGAUGUAUGAUGACAUUCACAGUGAGGCCAGGUACUCCCUCAGCAGAUCCAUAUCCCAUCCUCGGGACACCGGCAGAGAAGGCCUGAGAGGAGAUGUAUUUCCAGGGCCUUCCUUCAGAUCCACUACAGCUUCUGUGAGUGACGAUACCUACUUUCGUAAAGACUUGGACUUGUCCCACCCUGACGCUCGGGACCAGGUCUUUGGCCAUCGGAAAUUGGGACAUUUGCAUUCUCCGGACUGGAAGUUUGCACUCCGUGGCUCUUGGGAACAAGACUUUGGCCAUCCAGUUUCUCAAGAAUCCUCUUGGUCACAAGAAUUUACUGUUGGCUCUUCUGCAAUAUUGGGGGACUUUGGCUCUUCCAGACUCAUUGAUAAGGAGUGUUUGGAGAAGGAAAGUCAAGAUUAUGACCUGGACCGUCCAGGUGAGGCAGACCCUGUGCAACUGGCUAGCAGCCAGGUGCAGGGAAGAGGCCGCGUUCUCAACAUUUCUGACCAGGAAAGUGCUCUCCUGGGAAAGGGGGAGACUCAGGCCAUGCUCAAGGCCAAAGGGGAUGUCGGGAAACUCGUCACGCUAAGAAACGUGAGCACAAAGAAAGCACCCACUAUAAGUCGUGUCACUCCCAAAACUCAGGCCACUAACCAAGUCCAGAAAACCACUCUAAGUCCUGAUGUGACCCUUGGGACCAACCCAGGGGCAGAAGACAUCCAGUUCCCUGUGCAGAAGAUUCCCUUUGGGCUUGAUCUGAAGAAUGUCCGGCUCCCCAGAAGGAAGAUGAGCUUCGACUUUGUAGAUAAGUCUGAUGUCUUUUCAAGGUUUGGGAUAGAAAUCAUCAAAUGGGCAGGAUUCCACACCAUAAAAGAUGAUAUUAAAUUUUCUCAACUUUUUCAGACUCUCUUUGAGCUUGAAACUGAAACCUGUGCUAAAAUGCUUGCCUCAUUCAAAUGUUCCUUAAAGCCAGAGCACAGAGAUUUUUGCUUUUUUACUAUCAAAUUUUUAAAGCACUCUGCUUUGAAAACACCCAGAGUUGAUAAUGAGCUUUUAAACCUGCUUUUAGACAAAGGUGCUGUGAAAACCAAAAAUUGCUUUUUUGAAAUCAUCAAGCCCUUUGACAAGUACAUAAUGAGGCUCCAAGACCGGCUUCUGAAAAGCGUCACGCCCUUGCUCAUGGCCUGCAAUGCCUAUGAGCUCAGUGUCAAGAUGAAGACUCUGAGCAACCCCCUGGACUUGGCCAUCGCUCUGGAGACCACCAACUCUCUCUGCCGCAAGUCCUUGGCCCUUCUGGGACAGACGUUUUCCUUGGCCUCUUCUUUCCGACAAGAGAAAAUCUUAGAAGCGGUCGGCCUCCAAGAUAUAGCUCCCUCUCCUGCCGCAUUUCCAAACUUUGAGGACUCCACUUUAUUUGGAAGAGAGUACAUAGACCAUCUGAAGGCCUGGCUGAUCGCUAGUGGGUACCCACUCCAGAUUAGGAAGGUCGUACCUGAGCCAGUGCAAGAGGAGGAGAAGACGGUUCCUUCCACAAAACUCGACAUUCAGACCAAGGCCCCAAGUGACCUGAGUGAUGCCAUGCCCCAGCGAGCAGGCCACAAGGUGGUAGAGACCAUUGACAAGCUGGUGAUCCGCAUCGUGGAAGGCAGCCUGUCUCCCAGAGAGAGAGCUGCACUCAAGGAGGACCCUGCUUACUGGUUUCUGUCUGACAAGGACAGCCUGGAGUACAAGUAUUACAAGCUGAGGUUGGCAGAAGUGCAGCGGGGAAAGCAGGCCUCAAGUGGUGAUGGCCAGCAGCCAGGCUCGGCAGAGUGUGCCGUCAGGGCCAUGCUAUACGCCAGGGCUGUGCGGAGCCUCAAGAGGCGGCUCCUCCCAGGGCGGCGGCGGCGGGGCCUCCUCCGUGCCCAGGGGUUCCGGGGCUGGAAGGCGAGGAGUGCAACCACCGGCACCCAGACCCUCCUCUCAUCGGGCACCAGGCUGAGGCACCAGGGCCGGGGGGCACCUGCCAAGCCCGAUGGAGGCACUUCUGUGAGGGACUGCCUGCCAAGGCUGGCUGCGCCCGCUCCUCAGGAUCUCAGUUCGGAGGCCUCAAGCCCACCGCCCAAGCCAGCAGGAGUGGACAUUCCUGAAGCUUCUCAGACCUCCUCUCCCUGCCCAUCUGCCGACGUUGAUGCAAAGACGAUGGAGACAGCAGAGAAGCUGGCACGAUUCGUUGCUCAGGUGGGACCAGAAAUUGAGCAGUUCAGCAUCGAGAACAGCGCUGACAACCCUGAUUUGUGGUUCCUGCACGACCAGAAUAGCUCAGCUUUCAAAUUCUAUCGGAUGAAAGUGUUUGAACUGUGCCCCUCAAUUCGAUUCUCAUCGUCUCCGCUCACCCUGCGUGCAGACUCCAGGGAGGGGGACAGGGCGUGUGGAGACGAGCCCCCUCUGCAGGAGGCCGAGCUGGAGGAGGAGGAAGAUGAGGAGGAGGAGGAGGCACCUGCGCUCAGUGAGGCCUCCGGCCCAGAAGGAGCCGCUGACACAUCUGGGGGCUCUGAGGGCGGCACUGCCGCUGAUGGCCUCCCAAGCGUGGCCACUGAGGAUGACCCAGCCAGUGCUCCUGCUCCGUCCCAGGCCUCCACAGGGGUCUACUUCCCCCGCAAGAGGGUCAGCAGCAAGUCGCUGAAGGUUGGCAUGAUCCCAGCCCCCAAGAGGGUGUGUCUCAUCCAGGAACCCAAAGUUCAUGAGCCAGUUCGAAUUGCCUACGACAGGCCCCGGGGUCGUCCCAUGUCCAAAAAGAAGAAGCCCAAGGACUUGGAAUUUGCCGAGCAGAAGCUGACAGAGAAGAAUGUGGGCUUCCAGAUGCUGCAGAAGAUGGGCUGGAAGGAGGGCCAUGGCCUGGGCUCCUGUGGCAGCGGCAUUCGGGAGCCAGUCAGUGUGGGGACUGCCUCGGAAGGGGAGGGGUUGGGGGCUGACCAGGAGCACAAAGAAGACACAUUUGACAUUUUCCGCCAGAGAAUGAUGCAGAUGUACAGACACAAGCGGGCAAACAAGUAGGGACUCCCGAGAGGAUGCCGGGCAUUGGGAAGUUCUGGCUGGCCGCUGGGUGCUGGCUCUGCUCGUCUCUGUCACUUGGAUCCUUGGGGGUUUCAACAUGUUUGGUCCUUGGUAAACCUAGAUGAUGUGGUGUUGCAAAGGGACGUUGUAGUUGUGAAUGUUGUUCAUCUCGUAGCAGUUGAAAUAAACGUAGAGGAAACCAA